AUGAAGUUUGAGGAUGGCGGUUCUGCAAGCAUUCGACUUCUCAAGCCCGGUGCUACAAUGUUUCCUCAGGAUAAGGUCACGGUGCACAAUAAAGUCGAAAUGAUUAGAUAUAGUAUUAAACAGUAUACAACGAAUCCCGUGCAAUUUGUUCUGCACUGGGGAACCGGAGAGGAAAACUCCAAUAUGAUGUAA